GUGAGUGCGUGAGCCUGUGCGUGUACUCACACGCGUGUUUUGGCAGGGCUGAAUCACAAGAGGACUCGCAGUUGAUACCCAGACUCACCAAAAAACUGAACUGUGAAUUUGGGGAGGCAGUUGCAGAUCUGAUCUCUUCUGAACACCUCAUCGUGUCUCCAUCCCUGGGAAUCUGACCCUAGCAACUGGACCAUUUUGUUCUUGGAAUUUUGGGUGUCCUCUCUUCUCACCUUUCCCUUUUCCCUUUUCCCCUUCCCCCUCCUGAGAACUCCUGAAGACUGUAGAGAUUGUCAUGGAGUCCAGGGAAACCUUAAGCAGCUCCCGGCAAAGAGGGGGCGAGUCAGACUUCCUGCCGGUCUCCUCAGCCAAGCCCCCAGCUGCUCCUGGCUGUGCAGGAGAACCUUUGCUCUCCACUCCAGGACCUGGGAAGGGGAUCCCGGUGGCCGGAGAACGCAUGGAGCCAGAGGAGGAGGAUGAACUAGGCUCAGGGCGGGAUGUGGAUUCCAACUCCAACGCGGACAGUGAGAAAUGGGUGGCAGGAGAUGGUUUGGAAGAGCAGGAAUUUUCUAUCAAGGAGGCAAACUUCACAGAGGGAAGUCUGAAGCUAAAGAUUCAGACCACAAAGCGGGCUAAGAAACCCCCAAAGAAUUUGGAGAACUAUAUAUGUCCACCUGAGAUCAAGAUCACCAUCAAGCAGUCUGGGGACCAGAAGGUGUCCCGUGCUGGAAAAAAUAGCAAAGCCACGAAGGAGGAAGAAAGAAGCCACUCCAAAAAGAAGCUCCUGACAGCCAGUGACCUUGCAGCCAGUGACCUCAAAGGAUUUCAGCCACAGGCUUACGAGAGGCCCCAGAAACAUUCAACUCUCCAUUAUGACACAGGCCUCCCACAGGACUUCACCGGUGACACCUUAAAACCAAAGCACCAGCAAAAAAGCAGCAGCCAGAACCACAUGGACUGGUCCACCAACUCUGACAGCGGACCCGUCACUCAGAAUUGCUUCAUCAGUCCAGAGUCUGGCAGAGAAACUGCAAGCACCAGCAAGAUCCCAGCUCUUGAGCCCGUGGCUUCCUUUGCAAAGGCCCAGGGUAAGAAAGGCAGUGCAGGGAACACGUGGAGUCAGUUGUCUAACAAUAACAAAGAUCUGCUUUUGGGAGGUGUGGUGCCAUCCCCAAGCAGCCACAGCUCACCAGCCCCACCCAGCAGCUCUGCUGAGUGCAGCGGGCUUCAGCCCUUGGUGGAUCAAGAUGGAGGAGGUACAAAGGAGCCCCCAGAACCACCUACUGUGGGCAGCAAGAAAAAGUCCAGUAAGAAGGAUGUGAUAAGUCAGACCCUACCAAACCCAGACCUGGAUUGGGUCAAGAAUGCCCAGAAAGCAUUUGACAAUACAGAAGGGAAAAGGGAAGGUUAUUCCACAGAUAGUGUCCAGGAGGCAUCACCAGCCAGGCAGAAUGUGAGUUCUGCCAGUAAUCCUGAAAAUGACUCAAGUCAUGUCCGGAUUACUAUCCCCAUCAAGGCACCCUCUCUGGAUCCAACCAACCAUAAGAGGAAAAAGAGACAGUCCAUUAAAGCGGUGGUGGAAAAGAUCAUGCCAGAGAAAGCUCUGGCUUCUGGAAUCACUAUGAGCAGUGAAGUAGUUAACAGGAUACUUUCCAACUCUGAGGGGAGUAAGAAGGAUCCCCGUGUCCCUAAGUUAGGUAAAAUGAUAGAGAAUGAGUCCCCCUCAGUUGGCCUUGAAACUGGUGGAAAUGCUGAGAAAGUUAUCCCAGGAGGUGUGUCUAAGCCGCGGAAGCCACCCAUGGUCAUGACACCUCCAACGUGCACAGAUCACUCUCCAUCCAGAAAGCUGCCAGAAAUCCAACAUCCAAAAUUUGCUGCGAAAAGAAGGUGGACUUGCAGCAAACCAAAACCCAGCACCAUGCUUCGAGAGGCAGUUAUGGCCACCUCUGAUAAACUGAUGCUGGAGCCCCCAUCUGCGUAUCCCAUCACCCCAUCCAGCCCUCUCUACACCAACACAGACAGUCUUACUGUGAUCACUCCAGUCAAAAAGAAGCGGGGACGACCAAAGAAGCAGCCUUUGCUCACAGUCGAGACGAUUCAUGAGGGAACUUCCACCAGCCCCGUCAGUCCCAUCAGCCGAGAGUUUCCUGGCACUAAGAAAAGAAAGCGACGACGCAAUUUAGCGAAGUUGGCCCAGCUAGUGCCAGGAGAGGACAAACCCAUGAGCGAGAUGAAAUUUCACAAGAAAGUUGGAAAACUCGGCGUGUUGGAUAAGAAGACCAUCAAAACUAUCAAUAAGAUGAAGACACUCAAGAGGAAAAACAUCUUGAACCAGAUCUUGUCCUGUUCCAGCAGCGUUGCUCUGAAGGCAAAAGCUCCCCCAGAGACCAGCCCUGGGGCAGCAGCCAUUGAAAGCAAACUGGGCAAGCAGAUUAAUGUUAGCAAGAGGGGAACCAUCUACAUUGGCAAGAAGCGGGGCAGGAAGCCAAGAGCAGAGCUGCCACCCCCAUCCGAAGAACCCAAAACAGCCAUCAAGCACCCCAGGCCUGUUUCUAGCCAGCCGGAUGUUCCAGCCGUGCCUUCCAACUUUCAGUCACUUGUGGCGUCUUCACCAGCAGCUAUGCACCCACUUUCAACACAGUUAGGUGGGUCCAAUGGCAACCUGAGCCCUGCCAGCACUGAAACCAAUUUUUCAGAGUUGAAAACUAUGCCAAAUCUCCAGCCCAUCAGUGCUCUUCCAACCAAAACCCAAAAGGGAAUACACAGUGGAACCUGGAAGCUGUCUCCACCCAGACUGAUGGCCAACUCCCCUUCACACCUGUGCGAGAUUGGCUCCCUAAAGGAAAUCACGCUGUCCCCUGUGAGUGAGUCCCACAGCGAGGAGACGAUCCCCAGUGACAGCGGCAUUGGGACAGACAACAACAGCACUUCUGACCAAGCGGAGAAGAGCUCAGAAUCCCGAAGGAGGUACUCUUUUGAUUUCUGCUCCCUAGACAACCCAGAGGCCAUUCCGUCCGACACCAGCACAAAGAACCGGCAUGGCCACCGGCAAAAGCAUCUCAUUGUGGACAACUUUCUGGCCCACGAAAGCCUCAAGAAGCCAAAGCACAAGAGGAAACGGAAAAGCCUGCAAAACCGCGAUGACCUCCAGUUUCUGGCAGACCUGGAGGAGCUCAUCACCAAGUUCCAAGUGUUCCGAAUCUCCCACCGGAGUUACACCUUCUACCACGAGAAUCCAUAUCCCAGCAUUUUUCGGAUUAAUUUUGAUCACUAUUACCCGGUGCCAUAUAUCCAGUAUGACCCGUUGCUCUAUCUUCGUAGGACUUCAGACUUGAAGUCAAAGAAGAAGCGUGGUAGGCCUGCAAAAACCAAUGACACCAUGACAAAGGUGCCUUUUUUACAAGGGUUCAGCUACCCUAUUCCCAGUGGAAGUUACUAUGCACCCUAUGGAAUGCCUUACACAUCAAUGCCUAUGAUGAACCUUGGUUAUUACGGUCAGUACCCAGCUCCUUUGUACCUAUCGCACACGCUUGGAGCAGCUUCCCCAUUCAUGAGGCCAACAGUGCCACCACCUCAGUUCCACACAAACUCCCACGUAAAGAUGUCUGGUGCAGCUAAGCAUAAAGCCAAGCAUGGAGUACACCUGCAGGGACCUGUUAGCAUGGGCCUUGGUGACAUGCAGCCUUCUCUGAAUCCUCCCAAGGUAGGCAGUGCCAGUCUGUCCAGCGGUCGGCUCCAUAAGAGGAAACACAAACACAAGCAUAAGCACAAGGAAGACCGGAUCCUAGGGACCCACGACAACCUGAGUGGUCUCUUUGCAGGCAAAGCCACAGGCUUCUCCAGCCACAUCCUGAGCGAGCGGCUGAGCAGCGCAGACAAAGAGCUCCCGCUGGUGAGUGAGAAGAACAAGCAUAAGGAGAAACAGAAGCACCAGCACAGCGAAGCCGGCCACAAAGCUUCUAAGAACAACUUUGAGGUGGACACCUUGUCUACACUGUCACUUUCCGACGCCCAGCAUUGGACACAGGCCAAGGAAAAAGGAGACUUGAGCAGUGAGCCUGUGGACUCAUGCACGAAAAGAUACUCUGGCAGUGGCGGGGAUGGUGGCAGCACGAGAUCGGAGAAUCUGGACGUGUUCAGUGAAAUGAACCCUUCGAAUGACAAGUGGGACAGUGACAUGAGUGGGAGUAAAAGGAGGAGCUAUGAAGGCUUUGGAACGUACAGGGAAAAGGACAUCCAAGCCUUCAAGAUGAACCGCAAGGAGAGAAGUUCUUAUGACUCCUCCAUGUCUCCAGGGAUGCCAAGUCCCCACUUAAAAGUGGACCAGACAGCAGUGCAUAGUAAGAACGAAGGCUCAGUGCCCACCAUGAUGACCAGGAAGAAGCCAGCCGCAGUUGACAGUGUUGCAAUUCCACCAGCCCCAGUGUUAUCUCUCCUUGCUGCAUCCGCAGCAACAUCGGACGCAGUCGGCUCCUCCCUGAAGAAGAGGUUCAAGCGGCGGGAGAUCGAAGCCAUCCAGUGCGAAGUGCGGAAGAUGUGCAACUACACCAAGAUCCUAUCCACCAAGAAGAACUUGGACCACGUGAACAAGAUCCUGAAGGCCAAGCGGCUGCAGAGACAAUCAAAAACAGGCAACAACUUCGUGAAGAAGAGGCGCGGGCGUCCCAGGAAGCAACCCACCCAGUUCGAUGAGGACUCCAGAGACCAAAUGCCGGUGCUGGAAAAAUGCAUCGACCUGCCCAGCAAAAGGGGCCAGAAGCCCAGCCUGAGCCCGCUGGUGCUGGAGCCCGCCGCCAGCCAAGACACCAUCAUGGCCACCAUCGAGGCGGUCAUCCACAUGGCCCGGGAGGCGCCGCCCCUGCCCCCGCCACCGCCGCCGCCCCUACCGCCACCGCCGCCACCGCCCCUACCCCCACCACCCCCUCUACCCAAGACCCCCCGAGGCGGAAAGAGGAAACACAAACCGCAGGCCCCCGCUCAGCCCCCGCAGCAGCCGCCCCCGCAGCAGCCCCUUCCCCAGGAAGAGGAGGUGAAAGCUAAAAGGCAGAGGAAGUCCCGAGGGAGUGAGAGCGAGGUCCUUCCCUAGGGCGGGUCUGGGCGUCUGCACCUGGGGCCUAGGGAACUGACACGUGGGAAGCGCAGUGGGCGGGGGCGGAAUCCCCAGCUGCAGGGACACCCACGCCCUUCUCUCCAGAAGCGGGGCAGGCAGAAUCCGGCCAGACGACGGGCUGAGCCAUCAGGAGCUCUAGGGAAAGCAAAGCAGGGAGACACCUUCAGAAGAAGCUUGUCAGCUUCGCCGCAGCUCCCACCACGCGGCGCUUCAGUACGGCUGGAUCCUCCGCAGGCCAGCGGAAGGCCUCCAGGAGGAGCAGGCUGGUGGCGCUCUCCUGACCUCCCGCUGCCAAGGUGCGCCCUCGACUCCCUCAUUUGCUGGCCAGGAAAAUCGAAAGGGAAACACCCUCAAUUAGGAAACAUUCCAAGGGGAGAAAAGCUGCAAAUUGCUCAACUGGCAUUGCUGUAACCCGUUCCAUUUAAUUGGUUUUUAUUUCUUUUGAUUUUCAAGCUCUGCUAAGCUUUGGGGUACCAACGUCAUCUUCAGGUGACCUGAAUCUUUCCCUUAACCGUACAGUUUCUCAGAUGGAAUUGUGUGAUCAGAAGGUGGAGUUCUAGUGAUAGGCGACCUUAGACCCGCAUUCAUGUUCUGUGUGCCUCUUCUGUUGCACAUACACUGAUUUUUAGCGUUGUCUAUUGCUACUUUUCCUUUGCCCAUUGUACUUCCAUAUAUCUUUUCAUUAACUUACUUGCUGCUUUUUUUUUUUUUUUAAUCUUGGUACACAUUUAAAUAAUACAAUCCUUAACCUGUGCUGUAAAGUUCAACCUUGGCAUGCUGUUCCAAGAACCUGGCUUUGAAUCUCAAUCAUUGUGAAACAUACUCAGUAUUGAUAAAACCUUUUUAAUAAGUGACGCAGAGCAGCCAAGGAUAUGUUGACCCAGAUGUCAACCAGUCUAUUUUUAUACUUAAAACGUGUCAGCAGAGCAUAGGCAGAAUAAAAUGGUUUUAAUACCCCACAGCAAAUAGAAUAACUGACAAGCCACCAAAAACUGAAACCCCAGACCCACCAGAAAGACAAGUGUCUAGCAAUGCCUUGGUACCUGAUCUUUUUCAUACGAAUAAUUGUCAUAGGUUGUUCAAAAAAAAAAGGAAACAAAAAGA